AUGUUUAUCACUUUCCUGCUGACAUCGGUAUUCUCGACCUUCUUCUCUGGCCUGUUCUUGGUCGUCUCGAUACGCAAGCCGAGGUACGGCAAGAUGAUAUCAAGUGACGGCAGCCUUACAGCGUCAUCUGCUGCGUUGUUGACAACGGCUCUUGCUAAGUUGACAGAAGCCUCAUUCGCCACGGUGUUUGUGGCUUUCCUUGGGCAGAUCUUCGCUCAUCGGGCCUACAAGCAUGUCCACGGUGUCACGCUUGCCGAGCUUAGCUUGCGCAGCUGGAUCGUCUUACCAGGCAAGAUCUUCAUGGAAUCGGAGAUAGCACGCUUUGCCGGAUUCAGCUUUCUCGGUGUCGGCUCGCUUCUCGCAGCGCUUUGCGUCGUGCUUUACACACAGGCUGCAACCGCACUGGUGCAACCUCAGCUGCAAUGGGACAAUGCGCAGCUCCAGAUCAUGCAAGGUCUGGUCCGGACACAAUUCGCUAAUUCCUCGUACAUUAACGAGUACUGCGAGACGCCCAUCUCUUCAUCGUACGAUCCCGACGAGGCCGCUUCGACUUGCAUUCAGAUCUACCACGCUGCGGAAGCAUACCACAACUACUACGGCUACUUGAGCGCCUGGAAAGAAGUCGUCCAGACUGGCAAUGGUAGCUCGGAACCAGCAAAGCGCCCACAAGGCUACGCUGUUAUAAAUGACGAUACCACAGUUACUCAGGCUUGGAUCGAGCAAAGUAACGUCACAGCACUAUACGAGCAGCACAAGAUAAUCGUCAAUAACGUUUCGAUGGCCGUCCCUCACCCAGGCUUGAUCCAGGCUGCUUCCGAUGGUGUUAACGGCAUUCUGCAGCCCGCCGAGCUUGCCGGACUGGGAAGCUAUACAAUCCGUGCCUCUGUUGCUUCACCCGUAAUACACUCCUUGUGCGUCACAAUGACCGAAGCACAGCUCAAGCCUUUCGUUUUCGAGCUGUGGGAUAAUGUGACCUUGCCGGUCAACUUGACCAUCUGGCCAAAGCAGCUGAGCUAUGCCAAUCCGUAUCUCGGUGGUACACCCUUCGAUGAUAUUUUCGGUUGGGGCCCGGAAUAUGGAGACGGGAAGUACCCACCAGUGUUUGGCAAAGUGCCUAUUGACUACAACACUAUCAUCAACAACACGCUUGACAUGCCAUAUGGGCGCGACUCAAUCUAUUUGCUGGGAAAGGGUGGGCCUAAGGAUUCCGCAGGCAACGUUGUGGAAAGCAGUAACUAUGCGCUUUGCCAGCUAAAGGUCGGGCAAACGCCAAGCUGCUCGACGCUGUUCACCGCUAGCGCCAGCGGCGCCGAGCUAGUCGCGAGAUGCGAAGAUCCAAGCGAUGCCAUGAGCUACGGGAGCAAUCACCCUGGUGCUCUUGGUGGAAACGAUACGAUCAGCCUAGCUUGGCCUGACGUCGCCACUCAAUGGGCCAACAGCUUGGCCCUCAAUGAAGGCCUUUUCGACGGCAACGGAUCGAACGCUCGCCUGCUCACCCAGCUUAUCCUAACCGAACCGACUCUGAAUCCUGAUCUACCAUCAGCCGCCGAAGCGCUGGCAGUGAUGGCAGGCUGCACCGUCCUCCAGUCCGCCAUCGACGCACCAUUCACCGAGCUCUUGAACUACACCUCCCACCCCACCCUGAAACCCAGGAGCUACGGCUCUGGCUACGGUUCAGGUUACGGCAACUCAUCGAGCUACUACGGCUCCUACCAAAGCUUCCCCGCCAUGGUGCGCGCGCGCGAAUAUGCCAGCGGACCUACGCAGAAGUACCAGAACGCCUUCUACCCCAUCCUGAUACUCACCUUCCUUCUCAACCUCAUGGUGCUACUCUUCCUCCUGUUCCAACGGCACUGGUACAAUGACUUCACUGACCCGACUCAUCUCUUCUCGUUGGCUAUCAAUAGUCCGCCGAGCAAGGAGAUGGCGGGCAGUUGUGGAGGCGGGCCGGUGGGCAGACAGUUCGAGGUCAGUUGGCAACUUAAUGUAGACGGGGACGAGCAUGUAUAUCUGGAGGCUUUGGAUAGAGUGCACGCGGAGACGGGAGCGUUGAGGAGGCGGAGUUGGAAGGAUGAUGUUAGUAUGCUUAUGAGUCCGGUCAAGAGACUGACGGGUUCAGAGAGGUUCGAAGGUGGGUCUACACGGCGAGCUGGUGGGUAA